ACUCGUGAUUUAAACCUAGGCGGGAAAGCAGAAUUAACAUUGGGCUUUCGUGGAGUCGCCAGUGAAGGUCCACGUCCCGUUUGUAUCAGGUUUAUUGGUGAAAAUUAGAACAUGGUGAGGACGAAGGCAGACAGUGUCCCCGGAACUUACAGAAAAGCUGUGGCUGCAUCUGCACCCAGGAAGUCAUUGGGUGCCUCGAGUUCUACUAAUGCAUCAAGCAGCUCUCAAGCAGGCACACCUGCAAAGAGUAAAUUUGCUGGUGGUAAUCCUGUGUGUCCUCGGCCCACCCCAACUUGGCAGAAGGGAAUUGGGGAUUUCUUUGGUGGGCCCAGCAGGAAGCCUGAGAAGGAGAACCACCUCCCCCAGUCAGUUGAUGAAGAGGCUGGAGUCAGUGGAGUGUCCAAGUCAUCCAGGAAAUCCAGACCACUGCCUGCUGAAGAUGAGGAUGGUGAAUGAGUUUAGCCAAUGGUGCCCCAAUUGAAAACCAUUGCCUCUAAUACUUGAAUGGGAUGGGUAUAUCUUUGUAUAUAAUUGAUUAAUUCAUGUUUUGUACAGACGUUUAAUAAACUUUUUUUUAAUAA